AUGGAUGCUCUGCAGUGUACCUCCCUUAUCUCAGACGGGGACACUGAGACCCAGCAGCGGCAUGACCUGACCCCCGGCUCCCCCAGGGGCUCCGGUAUUGGCUCCACUGAGAGCGUGGAUCACCAGGACGAAGCCAGCGAGGUGGACACAAGAAAGGCCUCAGACUCGUGCAUCGUUGAGAACGGGCACCAGCCUGGGACAGGUCUGGGCGAUGGGUCCCCAGAAGCCGCUGGAACCUUACCAGCACCAGAGCCUCCCAGGCCUCGCCCCGUGAGCCUCUCCCUGCAGCUGCCUCACCAGCCGGUCACGGCCGUCACUCGGGUCUCGGAGAGGUUUUCAGGGGAGACCUCGGCCGCGGCUCUCUCGCCCACGUCUGCCGCCAUCCUGGGGGGCCCCAGCCCGAGCCCCAGUGAGGCCACCGCACCCCGGACUCCAGGUCCCAGCGAGAAGAGUCCUUCCACCCCGAGGUUGAGCUCUGGCUAUGGGGCAGCAUCGGCCGGCAGGAGCGACAGCCCACCCCUGGUGACGCCUCGGUCUCCACCGGCCACCGCCCAGGCCCGGCGCCGGGAGCUGGUCAGGUCGCAGACGCUGCCCCGCACGUCUGGGGCGCAGGCCCGGAAGGCCUUGUUUGAGAAGUGGGAGCGCGACACCGCGGGCAAGAAUCUGGCCAACUGUGAGCGCCUCAUCGAGGUGGAGGAUAUGAUGGUGAUGGGUCGCAAGCCGGACCCCAUGUGUGUCUUCACCUACGUUCAGUCUCUGUACAACCACCUGCGUCGCUUUGAAUGA